CUGCUUCACAACCCACGUAAAAUCGCACAGCAAAACCAAGAAAGUAAAACUACAUACAUCAUAGACUAUAGUAGUGUGUUUUGUGUUGUCUUUGAGGUGUUCAACAAUGGCUUCACAGCAAGCGAGAAGAGAGAACGUCACGGAUGAGCGUAAUAUUGAGGUGGAGAAAGACAGAGUUCCAAAGAUGACAACCCAUUUUGAGUCUCUUGCAGAGAAAGCGAGAGGGGAGCAGGAUGUUGCUCAUCCUCUUCAUGGUGAGAGAAUCCAUUUCCAGGUUGAGGCUGUUCCUGUUAGAGUUGGAGGGAUCGAGUAUUCUGCUGGGGGAGAGAAAGGAUCAGAGAGAGAAGUUGGGAAAGAAAAGAAGGCUGAAGAAGGUGGAAAAAUGGGUUCUCAAAUGCAUUCUGCUGCGGAGAAAGGGUCUCAAGUGCAACAACAGCACGUUGGGGUUGAAGCUGGUCAUGAUCGGAGUAAAGAAAUGCACGGCAAAGCAGGCGGAGAAGAGGGGAAAGGGGGGCCUUCUUUGGAAGAGAUUUCCAACUUGAGAUCGACUGCCCAGCAGAAUUCCAUGGAGGCGAUUAGAGCAGCUGAGGAGCGAUAUGAGAAGGCAAAAGAAAUGGCCAUGGAGAAAGGUCAACAGGCCAAGGAUUAUACCGCGGAAAAGGCUGCUGAAGCGAAGGAUGUGAUUUCGUCAAAAGGGCAAUAUGCUGCUGAGAAAGGCCAACAGGCUAAAGAUUACACGGUGCAGAAGGCUAUGGAGGCAAAGGAUGUGAUCUCGUCGAAAGGGCAAUCUGCUGCUGAGAAAGGCCAACAGGCUAAAGAUUACACGGUGCAGAAGGCUAUGGAGGCAAAGGAUGUGAUCUCUUCGAAAGGGCAAUCUGUUGCUGAGAAAGGCCAACAGGCUAAAGAUUACACGGCGCAGAAAGCGAUGGAGGCAAAGGAUGUGAUCUCGUCGAAAGGGCAAUCUGCUGCUCAGUUAGCUGCAGAAAAAGGCCAGAAGGCUAAAGACUACACAGCGCAGAAGGCCAUGGAAGCAAAAGACUAUACAGCAGAAAAGGCGAUUGCGGCCAAGGAUGUGAUUUCGUCAAAAGGGCAAUCUGCUGCUCAAUAUGCCGCUGAGAAAGCCAAGGUGGCAAAGGAUACUGCAGUGGAUACUACUGUUACUACUGCAGGAUACCUGGGCGAAAAAGCUGGCGCUGCGAAGGAUGUGACUGUGGAAAGUGGCAAAGGGGCAGCGGGAUAUGCUGGAAAAGUGGCUGCCGAUGUGAAGGGUCAAGCUGUCGUGGCUGGUUGGGGGGCAGCGCACUAUACUCUGGAGAAGGUAGCUGAGGCCACCAAGACGAUGGCGGGUGUUACUUCAAGUGUUGCAGGGUACACUGGUGAGAAAGUGGUGGCGGCGAAAGAUAAGGUUGCUAGUGCGGGGCAGACGGUGGCAGGCUAUGCCGGGGAGAAGCUAGCAGCUGCUAAGGAUGCGGUAGUGGCGACGGAAGAACAAGGGGCGGAAUAUGCAGCUAGGAAGAAGGCAGAGGCUGAGAGAGAUUUGCAGGAGAAAAAAUCAUCACCCGAGAAGAUUCAAGGGGGAGAAACAUUUACCAGCACGGAGCAGCAUGACACAAGAGCCCAAGUUGAAAUGCCGUCCGAGAAAUUCCGGGAAACCGGUCACGGAGGACCAGAAGCUGAAAGAAAGCAACCACAUAUGGGAGAAGGUGAGGAGAAGCAACAACAUGUAGGAGAAGGAGAAGGUGAAGAAAAGCAUCGGCCGGGAGAGAGUGCUGUCCAGCAACAGGGUGGCAGCAUCGUACGAGCCAUUGGGGAAACUAUAGUGGAGAUCGGCCAGACAACGAAGGAUCUUCUUGUUGGGCAGUAUCCAGCUCAAGUGAUUGAACAGAAAGAUGAAACAGCACUGGGCAAAGAUGAGCCAUAUACAGGACCCGGCGGAGGCAUUUGAAUUGAGGUUUCAGGUUAAUUUCAGACAUGUUUGUGAAUAGAAUUGAAUAAAUAUGCAGUGUCGAGCUUGCGCGUGGCUGUCAUGCUUUCUUUACAACUACUUUGUACAUAUGGUCUCUAUGUUCAUAUCUUAACAUGUUCUGGGACGAUGUUCUUCUCUCA